AUGAAUAGAAAGGAAAACAAAAUAGUUACAUCUAAGUACACGGCAAUGACCUUUCUUCCACAGAACAUGUACCACCAGCUGUCGAGGCCAUCAAACCUGUUUUUUCUGCUGACUCUGAUUCUCUUAUCUAUCCCGGCAAUAUCUCCGUUCAGCCCUUUCACCUAUCUUUUGGCAUUUGUUGUUGUUGUUGGAGCAUCGAUGAUGAAAGAUGGAGUUGAAGAUUAUAGAAGGCACAAACAGGACAAGGCAAUAAAUGAGAAACCAGCAAAUGUUGUGAGAAGGAGUGGAGAUGACGUAUAUGUAGAGAAGAUCCACGUGGAAGACAUUAAUGCCGGAGACCUUAUAUUUAUAAUGAAGGACCAGGAAGUGCCUGGAGAUGUUGUUUUAUUGAACAGUAGGAUGGAGACGAAGGAUGGGGUCAAGUGCAAGAACUAUUGCUUUGCUGAGACAAGUAAUCUGGAUGGAGAAACCAACUUGAAGAAGAAGACAUCGCAGCAUCAAGUAAAGUGUAAGGAAGAGGGGAUGGAGGUUGAGUUCUGUGGGGAGGUAUUAAAUGUAUGCAGCUGUGACAAAUAUUAUAUGAAGAAUACAUCUGAGUUUAUUGUUGAAGACACGGGGGAUUUGUUUAACAAGUUUGAGUGCCAGGUGAGUAUUGAGGGGAAAAACAUUCUAUGUAAUGAGAAGAAUGUCCUUCUAAGGGGAUCAAGAAUCAAGAAUACAGAACGUGUUCUAGCCAUGGUGGUUUGUGUUGGAAAACAGACAAAGCUAGGCAAAAGCCAUUUCAAAGCAAAGGUGAAGAUAUCGCUUUUCGAGAAAAGCAUUGGGGACUUUAUAUUUGGAAUAUUCAUGAUAUAUUUGGGGAUUCUAACACUGACCUCAGUCCUCGGAGCUAGGUUCCUCAAGAAAGACGGUAUUGAGUAUUUGUACUUGAACGAGUAUCUAACUGCAGACUCACUGAAGCAGACAGGGACAAACUAUAUUCUCUUCAGUUACUUGAUUCCUCUGUCCCUAUUUGUGACUCUCGAGGUAUCCAGAAUGUUUCAUUCGAUGUUUAUAUCUUAUGAUGACGAGAUGACUGUCGAUGGCAUCAAGUCUGUUUGUAGGAAUUCGAACAUAACAGAAGAUGUAGGGAUGAUUGAAUAUAUUCUAACAGAUAAGACUGGGACACUUACAAAAAACUCCAUGGUUUUCAAGUAUUGCCAUGUGUACAACUCUCCAGAGCUUAUUUCAAGAGAAGACUUGAAAGAGCACUGCCUCAGCAUCGAUCUUUUGAAUGAUCUCAGUCCCGCAGCAGAGAAAAGAAGGUCUCGGAUGAUGUUCAUACUUGCACUCUUGUGCUGCAAUUCCAUCGAGCCUCUUAAUAAUAACUUCGAGGGGAUUUCACAAGACGAGCUAUGCAUUGUUCAGGAACUAAGGAAUCAAGGAUAUGUGCUUAUAGAACGAGACGAAAGAUAUGUUGUAUUGGAAAUAAACGGAAGAAGAACCAAGCUGAACAUAAUGAUUUCGUUAGACUUUACUUCGUCAAGACAGAGAAUGUCGGUUGUGAUGGAGAUGUUGGGAAAGUAUAUUCUAUUCUGUAAAGGUUCGGACCAGAAACUUCUUGGAGAUAAGAAAAUGACCUUUGAGAAGGGGGAUACUGGAACAAUCAAAGCACUUAUAAACAACAACUCUGAAUAUAGAUCUCUUGUUGUUGGGUACAAGGAGCUGGAUAGAAAUGCUUUGGAAAGGAUGAGGGAGCAGUACAACAGAGUCUCAUUGAAAAACAAGUUUUUGGAGCAAGAAAGAGUGUUUGACUCUGUGGAGGAAGGAAUGGUCUAUCUGGGAGCAACAUUUAUAGAGGAUGAGCUCCAAGAGGGUGUAAGAGGUACUAUAACCUCUCUCCGGGAUGCAGGGAUCAAGAUAUGGAUGAUUACAGGAGACAAGAAGGAGACUGCAAUUAGCUGCUCAGAAGACUGUGGGAUUAUCCAGAAGAAUAAUGAGGCUCAAUCGCUUGUGGUGGAUGGCAAGGAGUUUCUGAAUAGACUUACAGGCCCGGACAUUUUUGAAUACAGAUCGAUUGUGAUAUAUAGAGCAACGCCCUACCAUAAGGGAAAGAUAGCCGAGAAAAUAGUUGAGCUUGGGAAGAAUACGCUUUCUAUUGGAGAUGGGAACAAUGAUGUUCCUAUGCUCACAAGUUCUCAUGUCGGAGUGGGGAUCAUGGGAAAGGAAGGCACACAAGCAAGCCUGUCUGCAGAUUUUGCAAUUCCUGAAUUCAGGCUUCUAAAGAAACUCAUACUUGUGCAUGGAAGAUAUAAUCUCAUAAGGUUCUCAAAGAUAACACUUAAUGCAUUCUUCAAAAACAUAUUCUUCAUCUCGAUACAGUUCAUGUACAAUUUCUUCAACGGAUAUUCUGGGAAGCCUAUAUACAACAACUUCUUCUUGAACUACUACAACGUCCUAUUCACCUCCUUUGUUCCUCUGUCCAUAGGACUUUUCGACAAAGACAAGCCAGAAAACUACCUGAUGGCUCAUCCUGAGGACUACAAGAAUGCGAGAAGAUUCUUCAGUAGACCUUCGUUUGUAUUUGGAUUUAUAUACACGAUCCUACUUGGGAUUGUUGUGUUUUUACUCUCUGUCGGAGUUGUAUAUAUAAAAGACAUGGUUAGCAGGUCGGGGCUUGUUGGAGGAUACAUACUCCUAACAAACUAUUUUUCAAUAGUUGUCUUCUUAGUUGUAUUAUCCACACAGAUCAGGGAGAUCUCUUUCUUUGUUAUAUAUUCAUGGAUAGCAAUUGCAUUAAGCAUUGCUCUUAACUUCAUAACUCUUUUCUUCAUCCAGGAGCUGGACGUAACUGCAAACAACGCGGCCUUCAAUCUAUUUUCCUUGCCUGUGUUUUAUCUUGUUACCCUAUUUGUACUUUCGGGCACAUUGCUUGUUGAUCUUGUCAUAAUGAGGAUGCUUUCUGCUGUAAAGAAGAGCAGAGGAUGGCCCUAG